GGCGGCGGCGACCGGCGGAGCAGCUGGCAGGCGACGGGGGCGCCGGGCCCGCGCGGCAGUGUCGGUACUGCCUGGGCUGCGAGGGGGAGGAGGAGGACUUCGUCGCGCCCUGCGCCUGCACGGGCGGCCAGCAGUGGGUGCACUUCGACUGCCUGCGCAGGUGGCAGCGGUCCGUGCUCGUGCUGCAGCCGACGCACCCCGCGCUGUACGGGAACGACAAUCUCAGGCGGAUGACGCACUGUGGCGUCUGCACCCAGCCGUUCUCGUGCCCGCCGCCCUCGCGCCACGAGAUGAUGACCAGCUUCACGGGGGCGGAGCUGGCGGCGCUGGUGCAGGAGCAGAGCCUCGUGUGCGCCUCGGAGGCCUUCUCCGCGGCCCUCCGGGCGCAGCUGCACUCCGCCCUGCACCGCAGGAGCCAUCUCCAGCUUCGUCCACUGGUGCCGCGGGGUUUACCUGAUCUACUUCGUCGGGCCUCGGCGCCUGACGCUCUGCAUCCCGGACGAGGCCAACCGCCGCGCGGUCACCGAGGCCAUGGACCCCGCGGGCCUCCUGACGCUGCGCGGGCGCCGGUACCGGAUGCUGCGCGAGGGCCAGCUCGCGCAGGCGUGGGAGGACCGGAGCAGCCCGGGUGCACCGAGCGCGCCACGGGGAGCACCGCGGGGGGCAGCCGCGGGGCGCAGUGGGUGCAGUCCGCCCUGGGCAGCGCCGCGCCCGCCGCCCCCGGCGCCGGGCAGCUGCGGAGGGCGCUGGCCGCGCUGCCGCUGCCGGCGGAGGUGGCGCUCCAGACCGACGGCGCGGAGGCCGAGGCCUGCGACCCCAGCGACGACAGCAUCCGCGCCGUGAACCUGGGGAACCGCGUGUCCGCCGCGGACCUCUCCGACGGGGCCCGCGCGGCGGUGCGCCAGGCCUGCCGCAAGCUGCCCCGGGGGCUGCGGGGCGCGGUGCGCGUCGAGCACUACCUGGGCGGGCCCUGCAGCCCCUCGCAGUGCGUGGUGCUGGCGCCCGUCGGUGGGCCCGACGGCCUGGAGCACCCGCUGCCGCGCGGCUUCCGGGGCCUGCAGCACCUGGGCGUGGCCGUGGGUACCGACAUCGGCGCCGCGCUGCAGGCGCUGCCGGCCGCGCGGUGCCCCGCGGCGGCCGCGGGGGCCGGCCGGGAGAGCGGCGAGGGCUCGGCCUGCAAGGUGCGGCGCACCGCGGGGCCCGAGGGCAGCACCCGGCUGGACGGCGUGGACUGCCCCGCCGCCGCGGGGUCGCGCGCCGCCUCCGACGACGACGACGACGACGCCGACGCCGACGCCGACGCCUCCGCGCCCGAGUCCGUGGGCAGCGACGCUUCCGGCCUGAACGCGGCGGAGCUGGCGGGCGCCUCGCCGCCCUCGCGCUCGGCGAGCUCGGCGAGCGGCGGCGCCGGGUCCGGCGACGAGGCGGCCACGGCGCGGCGGAUCGACCCGGACGACAUGGUCGUGGGGGUCGCCGCCGAGAGCCUGACGGAGGACGUGACGGGCGACGCGCUUGAGCGGCCGGCGCCGGCGCCCUGCAGCCCCGGCAGGGCCAGGGCGAGGCCGCUGAUGGUGUUCUGGGGCGAGGCGCGGUGGCACCGCACGCAGCUGCUGGGCGAGCUGGCCAGGGGAGACUGGGGACUCUGCCGGGCCGCGCCGGCGGACCUGGGGCUCGGGUCGCACGAGGCCUGGCGGCGGGUGGCGCAGGAGGAGCGGCGGCCCGUCUACGCCCCGAGGAGCGAGAUGACUCGCGAGGCCAUCCUGGCGGCCGAGGCGCGGGAGGCCCCGGCGGAGCCCCCGCCCGGGCGCGCGCCGGGAGCGCUGCGGACCCUCGGGUGGCUCAUCGCCGCGCAUCAGGAGGCGAUCCGCCAGCAGGAGGUCGAGACCGCUCGCCUCCAGGAGGCUGACGAGCAGCGCGGGCCGCGCGAGGCGUCGCUGGAGCCCGAGGGGGCCGCGGCUCCGCCGCGGGAGCCGCCGCCGCCACCGCCCCCAGAGCCCGCCGAGGAGCCGCCCGCUGCGUGAGAGCCGCGCCUCGCGGCGCGGGUCCGGCCGUCCCGCGGGCGGUGACGACCUGCGCCCCUCGCGGCGUGACGCGUGCUCGGGCCGCCCCCUGCGCGGCGGCGACUUCGGGCUCCUCUGAUGGGCCAAUUUUCCACCACCGUCCUGAGGGAGAGGGGUCCUGGAGUGUCUCGCCGCGCUCGGGCUCGUUAGGGCUUCUUCCCGGCCCCAAGUUGGGGUGAACAUUGCUCCCGCGGGCAAGCC